UGACCUUAUUUGGAGAUUCUAUGCAUCAACACACAAUACAGCUGGCCAAAAGAGGUGGGAUUUAGAGUAAGCCCAGAAGAGUAGAAGUAAAACCACCUCCUAUGGUUGUCAAGCAAAGAAGCGAUGAAAGGUUUACUAGAACUACCAUUUCAGUGAGCAACAGAGUGCAAAAACUUCAGCGGUUUUACAAACGUAUAAUAUUAGGGUAUAUACGCUAUAUAUACAGUACAUGAAAACUGUACAACAGAGGGAGCUACACUACUAUGUAUAGUAAAGCUUCCCUAGUAAUACCUCAGCAACGAGAUGGAGAUCUGCAG